GUGAGAGUCGGAGCUCUAGGACACAGUUGAGAUUCUUUGAUGUCGUUUCUUCUACGAGAGUUGUUAAAAGUCCACACAGCAGCAGUAGUUGCAGAACAGGAUCAUACUUAAUCACGAACAACAUCAAUUAUGGAGAUGUUUAAUCAUCUUCAUGCAAACGUGAAUAAUAACUUGACAUCAGUUUGUACAGCCAGCGCAUGCGCUGCAGGCGCAUUAUUUCUCUUCUUGAAAUGGAUCAAUAAACAGAAGAUUCAGAAGAAAAUACUGAAGGCUCGGAAAAGAAGAGACAAGUCAUUUCAUGAAGCUAAACAAGCUGUGCAACAAUUUAAAAUAACGAACCCUGACUUUGAGGGCAGUAUCAUAGUAUCUCUGUCAUUGCCAGAACUCAUUGAGAAACUCAAGGAUGGAUCCCUGCAGCCAGAUGCUGUGCUUCACGCCUUCAUGGAAAAGGCUCUGCAGGUGAACGACAAACUGAACUGCAACGCUCAGAUGCUGAUGGGCUCCGUGGAGCAGCUGAAAGACAUCAAGACUCAACAGAAAGGUCUUCUGUAUGGCAUCCCGAUCAGCAUCAAGGAAAACCUCGGAUAUAAGGGUCUUGACUCUACAUGUGGAGUGCUGAGUAAGAUAGAUCAGCCGGCGCUUAUGGACAGUGUGGUUGUUGCUGUGCUGAAGAGACAGGGCGCCAUUCCUUUCGUCAAGACAAAUGUACCGCAGGGUCUUCUGAGUUAUGACUGCUGUAACCCAAUUUAUGGCCAAACCCUGAACCCCCACAACCUUCAGAAGACCCCAGGAGGUUCAUCCGGCGGAGAAGGAGCUCUGAUUGGUGGAGGUGGCUCUAUCCUGGGCCUGGGGACCGACAUCGCCGGGAGCGUUCGUAUCCCAUCGGCCUUUUGUGGGAUUUGUGGACUUAAGCCCACAUCAAACCGGAUAAGUUUGCGUGGAGCCAAUUCUUGUAACAAGGGCCAGAAGUCAGUCUUGUCAUCGAUUGGCCCCAUGGCGAGGGAUGUUGAGAGCUUGGCCCUCUUUAUGCAGGCUCUUCUCUGCGAGGACAUGUUCACCUUGGACCCCACCGUUCCUCCCAUACCGUUCAACCGCGAGGUGUAUGAGAGCUCAGAGCCCCUGAGGAUUGGUUAUUAUGAGAUAGAUGGUUACUUCCAACCAUCUCCAAGCAUGGCCAGAGCCUUCAGGGAGACCAAGCACCUACUGGAGAGAGCAGGGCACACGCUGAUCCCGUUCAAACCCCCGCGGAUCACCAUGGCCGCAAAUGAGCUGAUGGUUAAAGGGAUUUUGGCGGAUGGAGGUGUGACCCUCCUGAAAAACAUAGGGAAACCCAUUGACCCAACUCUUCAGUCUCAACUGAUGCCAUACAGACUCCCAAACUUCAUAAAGAAGAUUCUUUCUAUCAUUCUCAAGCCUAUUUAUCCACGGAUAUCUGCAUCCACAAAUUCAAUACGUGGUGUGAGGUCCAUACCAGAAUUAUGGCAACAACAUACACAAGUCGAGGAAUACAUUCAUGAGGUGUUUGCAGAAUGGAGAAGACUGAAUCUGGACGUUCUUUUGUGCCCAAUGCUCGGACCUGCCUACAAUUUCUUCUACUGCGGCAGACUCAACUGUGUUUUGAGUAUCACGGGUUUGUCUAAUCUGCUGAACUGCCCCGCUGGGACCGUACCCGUCUCUAAAGUGACAGAAGAGGAUGAAGCACAGCUCAAGCACUACAAGGGAUGCCACGGUGAUUUAUGGGACAAACUCUUUGUUAAGGCGGUGACAGGCGGUGUCGGUCUUCCUGUGGGAGUACAGUGUGUGUCUUUACCGUGGCAGGAAGAGAUGUGUCUGCGCUUUAUGAGAGAAGUGGAGAUGCUCACGGCCAAAAACAAACUCAACAAGUAACAUUAAUGACAUCGUUCAUCUGAUCUUUAUGUCAUUACCUCUGAAUAUUAAAGAAUCUGGGUUGCUAACAAA